AUGCCUUGGGUAGCCUCCCCCUUAGCGUCAGGGGGCCGGCCGGAGGGAGGCCCGCGCCGCCCACCUGGGCACAGGAUAUUUUCAGUGUUUUCUGCUUCCAAGUUCCUAAUCUGUUUUGUUAGGGGACAGAAAAAGAUUACAUCCUCGACCUCCCACGUAAACUUCCACGGGGACAUUGCACGGCGUCUGAUGAGGAAGACCUUUGCACUUCCUCACGAGUCUUCCAAAGGACCCUAUCAGGACUCCCGAGUACGGUCUGCAGAACUCCCCCUCAAGGCCACUGAGCCUGUGCCCUUAGUCAAGUCCCCGGAUUCAGCACUUUCUUCCAGGGACAAGAUGGCUCCCAUUAGGCCAGUGGCUUCGGUCACCCCAGUGAUUUUGGAAAAUGCAUUAACGCUUUUCGGAAAUCUAACAAGCUUGCUGCAUGCUCACGUCGUGUGGAAGGGCGCCCAACGGAAAGGGGCCCUCAGGUCUUGCCAGUGGCGUUUGAGAAGCGGCUGGGUGGCACAAGCACUUGAAAGCUGCGAUCAAGCACUGGAAAGUUGCAAACGUAGCCAAGAGCGAGCCCGCAGGCCUCAGCCUAACUUCCUCGUAAUGAGACUUGAUUUCCCCCCCUACUGGGAGUUUCCAGAAGCCCAGCGUCCCCGGCCCCGAGCCCUGGGCUUCCUCUUGCUGUGGGCGUGCUCCCGCCCGCGGAAACCUGCCGCUCCCGCCGGUUUCGCUUCCCGGCGUGCGCCCCGCGCCCCGGGGCCUCUCUCCGCUCACGGACCCGGCCGCCGCCAGCCCCCCCCGGGGACACGGGUGCCCUUAUUUGCUAAGCCUCGGAGGGGCCCCCAGAGCGGCCGCAGGCUCCCCGGAACGGCGGGCGGCCGGAAGCGAGCCCCGCGGUGGGCGGCGCCUGCCGGCGGCCUCGGGGUGCCCUCCGGGCGCCGGGGCUGGGCCUCGGUUCCCGCGCCGGCGCCAGUCCGCGAGGCCAUGCCUCGCCUGCGCCUCCGCCUGCUGCUGCUGCUGCUGCUGCUGCUGCUGCUGCUGCUGCCGCCGCGCCCGGGCGCGGGCCACGCCAGCCCGCCGGACGGGGCCCAGGAGCCCCUCCAGGGCCUGCGGGAGCGGCUGAGGGAGGCCGCCGCCCUGUCCCGGCGCUACUGGGCGCUCCUGCGCUGCCGCGUGUGGCCCGAGCACUGCGAGGGCGCCGAGGAGGCUCGCGCGCGGCCCCUGGGCUGGAGCCUCCCCCUGCUGGGCCAGCAGUACCUGGACAUCCUGACCGCGUGGUACUGCAGCUUCCAGGACUGCUGCGGCAGCGGCGACUGCAGGGUCUCCAACAACCUCCCAGGCCUGGCAUCGGACCUGAGCCGCCGACUACACGGCCAGCAUCUGGCCGGGGAGCUGGUCCUGACCGCGGUGAGGGGCUACCUGGAGCUGCCGCGGCCACGCAAGGCCCUGGCCCUGUCGUUCCACGGCUGGUCUGGCACAGGCAAGAACUUCGUGGCGCGGCUGCUGGCGGAGAACCUCUUCCGGGACGGGCUGAGGAGCGACUGUGUCAAGGUGUUCAUCGCCACCUUCCACUUUCCUCACCCGAAGUACGUGGACCUGUACCAGGGGCAGCUGACAAGUCAGGUGGGGAAGACUCAGGAGCGCUGCCCCCAGACCCUGUUCAUUUUCGACGAGGCCGAGAAGCUGCACCCGGCACUGCUGGAGGCCCUCCGGCCACACCUGGAAGGCCAGGCCCCCGAGAACCCCAGGGGCGAGUCCCGGAGAACCAUCUUUCUCUUUCUCAGUAACCUGGGAGGCAGCGUCAUCAAUGAGGCUGUCCUGAAUCUGCUGAAGGCCGGGUGGUCCCGGGAGGACAUUAAGCUGGAACACUUGGGGCCCCAGCUCCAGGCCGAGAUUGCCACGUCCACAGACAGUGGCUUUGGCCACAGCCAUCUUGUCAAAGAAAAUCUGAUUGACUUCUUCGUCCCCUUCCUGCCGCUGGAGUACCGCCACGUGAGGCUGUGUGCACGCGACGCCUUCCUGAGCCAGGAGCUCGUCUACACAGAGGCAGCGCUGGACCAAGUUGCCAAGAUGAUGGUGUAUGUCCCUAAGGAAGAGCAACUCUUCUCUGCGCAGGGCUGCAAGUCUGUUUCCCACAGAAUUAACUACUUCCUGCCUUGAUGGCUAGAGGAAGAGGAAGACUUCCAGAAGCUGCCUGCCCCCCACUAACAGGGCCCUGGGGCCUGUCGGGCAGGCUGGCCUCCAGAGGUCACUCACCCACAUGAGGUAAAGAAGGAAAGCCUUAAAACAGAAGCAAAGCCAGUUCUUUCAGUCCCUUGGUGCCUUAAAAAGCCGCAUCCUAAAACGUGGGCCAGGUGGCCGGAGAAAGCCACGUGCAUGAUAAAUGCCAAGCGCACACGAACAUCUCAGCUUUUGCCUGCAGACGCCUGUGGGAGCCAUGGUGACAGGGAAGGGGACAAUUCAGCUGCUCAGGUUUGCGGGACGGGUGGCUUAGUUUUAGAGUUGUUCCCAGAGGGAAGCUGGGCAGCUUCUGUGAGCAAAUGAGCAAAGAGCCUCAGACUGAAAGAAGUAGUACACAGAGGAAGAAUUUUCAUGUAUAUAAAUGUCAGCAUAGGUUAUGACUAAUUCUCUUGUAAAUCUAAAAGAAAAAUUUAAGUUAGGGGCUCUGACACGCCUGUGUCAUAUGUAAAAAUUAAAACACUGUAUUUUCCUAGAACCCGCAGCCUGCUUUCUUACUGAGACCUAGUAAUCAUGCUCACCCAGCAACAUUCCAAAAGGAGGUCCUACUGCCAGGUGGGCUGAGAGGGAGUGCGUGCCGGCGCUCACAGGCGACUGCCUGGCCGGCUGAACUGGGUCAUUUCAACCUCUUGCUGAAGAGGCUCUCACAGCGUCUUGCUCUUGGGUAUGAAUACGUCAGUCCCGGGCUCCCAGCUAUAAAAAGAAAGUCAUUUUU